AUGACUGGAGAAAGCUUCUCGGCACAGAUGAGCGGAUCGCCGGACGACAACCUGCCCCUGCACCGCUACGACACCAAGGACAACCCGACUCAGACCGGCAGCUUCCCGCCUGCAGAACACAGCGGCCGCGGGCUCAGCACCACGUCUCCCUCUGACAAGGCCCAGCCCGACACCGAGAAGAACACCGAGGCAGCCAGCGCCAACCGUCGGCGCAGGAAGCAGAGACCCGCCGGCAAGCCUCCCUACAGCUACGUGGCCCUCAUCACCAUGGCCAUCGUCAACUCUCCCGAGCGGAAAACCACCUUGGCGGGCAUCUACAAGUUCAUCAUGGACCACUUCCCCUACUACCGAGAGGCCGACAAGAAGUGGCAGAACUCCAUCCGCCACAACCUGACGCUGAACGACUGUUUCGUCAAGCUGGCCCGCCAUCCCAACCGUCCCGGCAAGGGCAGUCUUUGGGCGCUGGAUCCCGGGGCAGAGGGCAUGUUCGACAACGGCUCCUACCUCAGGAGAAGGAGCAGGUAUAAGAGAUCGCACCAGACCAACAACAACCUCCUGCCCGCCAGCUACCCGCCCCAGGUCCCCGUGCCGUCCUACCCACCGCCGCCCUACCCCAACAUGGCCCCCGUCACCGGCACCACCCCGCUCUUCCUCUCCACGUCCUACCCACAGACGACCUCGGCCCAGCCCUCGGCACACCUCGGCACGUCGUACCGAGGGUCUCCGUCCAGUACCGGCGUGAUGUCGGCCAGUCCGGACAGCUCAUCCACAGACGGCAGCGUGAGCGGAGGGUCGUCACCGGGCGGACAGACGUUAGGAUUGUCUCCGGUUGACAGCAAAGCCUUCCAGCAAGGACUCCUCCCCACUGCGCCACCUAGCGGCUUCACCAACACAACGGCCGCCGUGACGUCAUACUCCGCCACGUCCAACCCCAACCCCGCCGCUCUCUACCAGAGGUCGACCCCGCAGACACAUCCGCUCACCAACAACUCGUCCUACGGGCCGCCUCGCAGCGUGUACCGACCGUCUCCCUACACAGCCGCCGGUGCCGGGAACAGCUACCAGCAGACGGGGAUGUAUAACGGCUACUCCACGCCUCAGGGAAACAACGGCUACUACAACAUGAACUCUUUGUCUCACUUCCACGGUGGUAACAUGGAGAUGUAUGCAAACUGUUUGUAAGAUUAUCAUUUUGACACAUUGCACUAUAAGAUACAGAGACAGGUCAUAGACUUGAGUAUUGAGUAAACUACGAUUGCUUGAAGAUGAGUGGAUCUUUUCUGCCAACUUUGUAAAUCUCCCGGUCCUAGUUACACUGCAGUGAUUCUCGUGAUAUGGUACAUUGUAUGCAGUAUCUAUUUUUCGAUGGUUGUUCUGCUUAUGUUAGCAAUCUGUACCGGAUUCCUUUGUCCUAGACGCCAUUUGUAAAUGUUCUGUAAAAUAUGAUGUAAAUGAGAAAAUGUUUAUAUAUAUAUAUAUAUUUGUCAUUGAAAACGUUUGCAACCUUGGUUUUCAUUCCUGGACACAUGUUUAAGGACUUGACGAUGAAUCCUUAUGUCUGAUAUCCUUCUUGUAUG